UUGUCAAUUGUCAUUGUCUUGUCAAUCACAUGUGUUUUUGUUUAUUUGAUAUUUCGUUUAAAUAAAUUUAAUUAAUAUUAGUUUGAAUAGAAUUUAAAUAGAAAAUGGGUAAGAGCCGUAAGAAAAAUACCGAAAGAAAGCGCAAAAUUAAUUUAGUUUUUGACGAAGCCAAGCGAAAGGAUUUCCUGUGUGGUUUCCGGAAAAGAAAAUUAGAGAGAAAAAAGAAGGCACAAGAGGAGCUGCAACGAAUGUUGAAAGAAGAAAAACGACGAAUAAAACAAGAGAACAAGGAGUCCUACAAAAAGCUUGUGGUGUCUAGCCGCCCUAUUCCAGAUAUAGAACAAUUGCUCCAAGAAGAAUAUGAGGAUGAAGAUGUUAAUGUGAAAAUUGUUGAACUCUCAUCAGAUACAUUGCAAAAAAAAGAUAUUGUUAUUGGAGAAAAUAGACCAAAAGUAAAUGUGCAGAAAAAACAAGAUAAAAUAAAAGAUGAUUCAAAUGAAAUACAAGGUAUGAAUACAAAUGAAGAAAGUGAUUCUGAGAAGGCAGAUUCAGAUAAUGAAGAUAAAGAUUUGAAAUCAAAGAAAGAAGUAAAAAAAAUAUUAAAAAGACAGGCUACUAAGAAAUUACAGAAAAGUAAAGUGUUCCAAAUGAAGUCUAAGUUAGAUAGAAUACAAAACAAGAAAACACAGAAAAAGAAAGUAAAAAAUGAUCAGAGAAAAGAGAAAUCUAAGAAGAAAAAUCAUAGAAAGAAACACUAACGACUGUAUGUUUUAUUAAAUAAAAUAAUUAUAUUCUAUGAUAAAGUUAUUAUAUUCAAUGGAUUUACCUAAAGAUGCACAUUAGGACAGUAAUAAAAAUGGUUCAUGUACUUGUAUAACCAAUAUUUUCUUUUCUUUAAAGGACUAGCAUAUCAAUGAUUGAAAAUUACCCUACUUUAGUAUCAGUUGUAUUAUAAGUUUUCAUUGGCAAUUUGUUUCUACAACAUUUUGUAAUGAAAUUAAACAAAGUUUCAACAUA